GGGAUCGGGCGCAGGUUUGGCCUCUCCAGUUCUUGGGGGGACACUAGACGGGUGAGGAAAUAUUCUUGGGGGUCUGCUACACUCGCCUAUUUGUAUAGGCAACUCGGCAUGGCGUCUCGAGCGGACUGCAAAGGCAUGGGUGGCUGUUUGACCCUCCUUCAGAGCUGGAUCUACGAGUACUUCCCGUGUUUACGAGAUCAGAAGUUGGGGACACGUGGAUUGGUGUGCGGGGAACCUUUUUCUAAGAAGUGGGAGGGGUGA